CUAGAAUGCUGGUUACCAGGCCCUACCGUUGCUCUGCCAAAUGGAGGAUUAUUAGCUAUCUGGGAAUAAAACUUAAUCGAAGCUCAAAUUCAUUAGGUUCCAGGUAAAGAAGAAACAAUUCUUUCGCAACUUCAUGACUAUCACACUGUUUGGUGCAGUUGGUACCCUGAUAUCCUUUAUCAUCAUAUCAUUAGGGGCUAUUAAGUUUAUAAAGAAAAUGAAUAUCGGUUCUCUCGAGAUUGGAGAUUAUCUUGCGAUUGGAGCAAUCUUUUCUGCUACAGAUUCUGUUUGCACCUUGCAGGUGCUUAAUCAGGAUGAGACACCUUUACUAUACAGUCUAGUAUUUGGUGAAGGCGUUGUAAAUGAUGCCACAUCAGUGGUGCUUUUUAAUGCCGUUCAAAAUUUUGACCUAUCUCAUAUGAGCUCAAGCAUUGCUUUGCAGUUAGUUGGCAAUUUUUUAUAUUUGUUUAUCACAAGCACUGUGCUGGGAGUUGCUGUCGGACUGCUUAGCGCGUACAUUAUAAAAAAGCUAUAUUUUGGAAGGCAUUCCACUGAUCGUGAGGUUGCUAUUAUGAUACUCAUGGCUUACUUUUCGUAUUUGCUGGCAGAUCUAUUCUAUUUAAGUGCCAUCCUCACUGUGUUUUUUUGCGGGAUUGUGAUGUCCCACUACACCUGGCACAAUGUCACUGAAAGUUCGAGAAUCACUGCUAAGCAUGCUUUUGCGACAUUGUCAUUUGUUGCUGAGAUAUUUAUUUUUCUCUACGUUGGCAUGGAUGCUUUGGACAUUGAAAAGUGGAGUGUUGUUAGUGACAGCCCUGGAACAUCAGUUUGGGUGAGCUCAAUUCUGUUGGGACUGGUUUUGGUUGGAAGAGGAGCCUUUGUUUUCCCAUUGUCAUUUUUGUCCAACUUGACGAAGAAGUCUCCUCACGAGAAAAUUUAUCUGAAGCAGCAAGUUACAAUAUGGUGGGCUGGUCUAAUGCGAGGUUCUGUUUCUAUGGCUCUUGCUUAUAAUCAGUUUACAAAGUAUGGCCAUACCAAACUACGUGGGAAUUCGAUGAUGGUCACCAGUACCAUCACAGUUGUUCUCUUCAGCACAGUGGUGUUUGGAUUGAUGACUAAACCUCUGGUGAGGCUCUUGCUGCCCACGCCAAAACACUUGAGCAUCAUGGUUUCCUCCGAACCAGUUACUCCUAAAUCCUUCACCGUGCCACUUCUUACCCAUGGGCAGGAUUCAGAAGCCGACCUCAGCAGUCACAGCGUGCCCCGUCCAACCAGCUUGCGGAUGCUUCUGUCAAAACCAACUCACACCGUUCACCAUUAUUGGAGAAAAUUCGACAAUGCAUUUAUGCGUCCGGUUUUUGGUGGCCGGGGUUUUGUACCAUAUGUUCCUGCCUCGCCAACUGAUCUUAGUGUUCAUCAAUGGCACUGAGAAGGGAACCAUACAGCAUCAGUUAACUUUUGGUGAGACGUGUAAUCAGAUCUAUGUUUUGAGGUUUUGUUGUUAAUAUUACAGAGGUUUUUUGUGUGAGAUUGAAUGGGGGUUCUUUGACAUGGUUUUGAUUGAGAGAAGGAUUUAGUGUGACGGAAAGAUUGUUUCAUUGUGACUUGAGUACCGUAGAUUCGAGUCACGAACAAGUAGGGAUAGGGUUGACGUAAGUCUUGUGCAUUGUUUUUUGUGGUCUCAGUUUUCUGAUUGGGUUGGUCAGUCAUCGACCCAAGAGCUUGUACAUGAGUAUUCCAUGAGGUUUUCUCCCUGACAGCAAUUUUGAACACCAAAUCGGUGUGUAAUUUUGUAAAACAUUGUCAAUAAAUCUCAACUUCUAUAUAUGGGUUUCCAGGCUUCUCACUGUAUAAUGCUAUUUUUCUUUGGUUUUC